AUGGCUCUUGCACUCGGCAAACUGACCAUCAUAGUUGGUGCAGGCCUUGUAGGAACAGUUCUUGCUAAAGAAGGCAGGAUAUCUAAUGUUUCUGAUUUUUUCUCUGGUGCACUUAAGAUUGCUUUCAAGCAACUCAAACAAGAUGAUUCAGCUGCUUCGAGUUCCAAACCAAGAAAUGAUCUUUUGGUGCAACAGGUUAACAGUAUUCGUCAGGAGCUGCAACUUCUGGCAUCAAAUAGAUCUGUUACAAUUGUUACUGGAGACCGAUCAGGAUCUGGCAAAUAUGGUGUGCUUGUUAUUGUUGUAGUUGUUGGAUAUGGUUACACUUGGUGGAAGGGCUGGAGACUUUCUGAUAUGAUGUUUGCAACAAGGCGUGGCUUAAACGAUGCUUGUUCAUCUGUGGCAAAACAGCUUGAGAAUGUUUACUCCUCGAUUUCGGCAAGUUUUUUUGUCACAAGGAAGCACUUGUCCUCGAGGAUUGACCAUGUAGAUGGUAAAAUUGACGAGUGUGCUGAUAAUACAGCUGCUACAAAAGAGGAGGUAUCUGAACUACGAGGUGAUGUGAAACUAAUAGGUUCUGAUGUGCAAUCUGUUCAUUAUGUCGUGCGAUCAUUGGAAACUAAAAUUAGCAGGAUUGAAGGAAGACAGAAUGAAAUGAACUUUGGAGUCGGUAAGCUGGUUACAUUCGUUAGGAACCUCGAAAAUAGCAGAAGCACGGAACAGAUUGAGGGAACUGCAUCAAGUUCUGUUAGACCUGCUCUUGAAUUGCCACAAGUAUCUCCAUUAAGGGCAGUGUCUUUACCCCCGGACGUGUUAUUCGAGUCACCAUCACCUUCUAACAAGGCCAGUGGAUCUUCUCGAAACAAACAGGCUGUACUCUCGCCUUCAAAUUCGUCAAAGGGUAAAGUUUCAGCAUCAGGCCUGAAGGAGCUCGGUGGAAUAUCUGAGGAUGGUGGGAUUUCAAGCCUAAACGGCCAACUUCUUUCUCCUAACGUGAGUCACGCAUCUGAAGAAACAAAAACCGACACAAAACCUGACAACUCAUCUACUGGUGUGAUUGGGAGAACAUUCUCCGGAAUUAGUGCAUCCUUUCUCACGAGGAGCUGUAGUGCAAUGCAAUCAUUUAAGUAG